CCGACUUCAGUGAGUACGGUACACAACCAAGUUAGGUUUGAGAUUUUUAAAGUUCAGAUCAUCUUAAGACUCUUUCCGGAUUUCAGAAGUAAGUACCUUCUUCUUCUGUUGACUUCCUCUAGUCCUGGAGAACUGCGGGAUCCAGUGGAUACGCAGAAAAAGUGAUUUGUUUAAAAUGUAGGCCUAUACUAUAGAAACAGAGACUCUCAGGAGCUAGGACAGGAGCCCGGACUUUGAAGGGCCGGAGGAGGGAAGUGUAUCACAAGACUGCCUAGUUGUUGUUCACCAACAGAGAACGUUUGACAUGAAGUUCAUGCAAGAUAUUAGAUAAUGAAGUUGCAUGGGGAGUUGAAGCAAUACUAGUUGCAUUUGCCAUUAGUGUCCAAUCCAAGAAGUACAACAUUAGAAUACAUGCCGCGAAUUGUGACAUGGGAUUGGGAGUUAUGGCAAGAUCAUGUUGGAGAUGGGAAGGAAGGUUCGCGAGGAACUGGGCGGUAGCCAGGUUGUCGUCGUGUGGCUUUGCCUUUGCUCAACCCCAACCCUGGAACAUAAACAAACGUUGCACACCUCAGUCAUGUCAGUCCUCACGUUCGGCGAGGAGCGAUAUGCGCACUGCGGUUAAGUUCUUGCUGCAUGAGUGGUGGAAGAGCAGCAGCAAGUGUCAUGAGGGCAAUUAGAGUAAGCAAAUUUGGUGCACCAGAGGUUAUGAAGGUGGAAGGUGGAUUAGCGAUUCCUGAGCCAAAAUCUAGCCAGGUGUUGAUAAAGGUUGGUGCAGCAGGGAUUAACCCGGUGGAUACCUAUAUUAGAUCUGGUAAUAGAGCAACCUUACCUCCUCUCCCAUACACCCCUGGAGCAGACGCAGCAGGAACAGUGGAAGGAAUAGGACCCAAUGUCAAAAAAUAUAAACCUGGUGAUAGGGUUUAUGUCUGUAAAUCUCCAGGCCUCCCAGGAACCUAUGCAGAAUAUACACUUGCAGAAGAAAAGGAUGUUUUUUGUCUUCCUGCUAAUCUUGACUUCAAACAAGGAGCCACAUUAGGGAUACCAUACUUCACUGCUUAUCGAGCUCUCUUCCAACAAUGCAACACACAUCCCAGACAUACUGUUCUUAUACAUGGAGCAAGUGGAUCAGUUGGAAUAGCUGCUUUACAGUUUUGUCGUCAGUAUGGUGUGAAGGCUUUAGGAACAGCUGGCUCGGCUCCCGGUCUUGAACUAAUCAAGAGAGAAGGCGCUCAUCAAGUCUUUAAUCAUAGGGAGGAAGAUUACACACAGAAAAUCAUGGAUGCCACUGAUGGUAGAGGAGUGGAUGUCAUUGUGGAGAUGCUUGCUAAUAUCAAUCUUCAGAAAGACUUAGAGAUGUUGGCCCAAGGAGGUUCCAUUGCAAUUGUUGGUAGCCGUGGAAAUAUUGAGAUUUCCCCUCGCUUAUUGAUGGCCAAAGAGACCACUGUAACGGGAGUAAUGUUGAUGUUAUCAUCCCAAGAGGAAAGAGAGAAGCAAACUGCUGCUGUUCAUACUGGUAUUGAAGGUGGAUGGAUUAAACCGGUAGUAUACCAAGAGUAUUCAUUGGAUGAUGCACCGGCAGCACACCAUGAAGUCAUUGAAACCAAGUCAGCACAAGGUAGGAUCGUCCUGGUGCCAUAAUCACUCAAACAAAAACAUCAAACCCAUCAUUAUGUUAUUAUCAUGUUUGUGAUUGAUUGAUUUGAAUAUGUGGAUUAGAUGAAAUAAUGAGAUGCUUCAAAGAUUGAAUUUCUUGCAUUCACUGCCCAAGCUGUUAAGUAUUUGUUAGUGGCUACGAAUGGCCCCUCUUCAAGAGAACAUGCUCUAGGAAAAGGGAAUACCUUUUGCGAGGGGAAGACUAAUUAAGCCUUUGAAGAAAAGGAAAUAUAAUGUAGGAUUAUAAAAUGACAUUCAUGAAUGUAUGAUCUAUCAUAUAAUUCAGUAAGAUAACAGCUAACAAUCUGGAAGAAUGUAAUGAUUCACUUACAAUCUGUCGAGCAUGAGUCAAAAUAGCCACUGGUUGACUUUAUCCCUUUGAGACAGUUCUGAGUAGAGAUGUCUCCAAUAAUCAUGAAUGAUCAUUUCAUGAUAUGGUUUUAUGCUGCAAGAUAUGAUUCGUAUGUAAUUCCAUGGGCAUUAUGUGUCAUUGUUUGAUGUAUGUUUGUGUGACAUGGAUAAUGUUGAAUUCAUGAAUUAUGCAGGAUACGGGAAAUAUAUGAUGUUAUAUCAUACUGGGUUUUUUUUCUUGCUCAAAUUACAAUUAAUAAGUAUUAUAGGACACCUAGAAAAAUCCUUGUCAUUUGAUUGGUUGUUUGAUAUCAAUCAUUCAGCCUGUUUUACAAUUACGUCAUCAACCGUGCAAUUUUGGAUCCGUACGAUUUUGUCCAUUGCACGCACUCACUGAGACUGCAGGCAGCACAAUUUGCACCACAAGUUCAAGCACUCGUGUUUUCAGCGUGCAUGAUGUAUGUACGGGACAAUCAUUAGACCGAGCUCACACUGCAUGAGCAUAUUUUGCAUCGAAAUUCAUAAAUUUCAGAUGAAAAAGAAUCUACUUUAGGUGUCAUAUAAACCAAAUAGUUAAUGUUAUUUUCAUUCGUGCAAUUGGUGAAAGAUGAAAUGAAUGAUCCAUUCAACGAGGCGUAAACGGAUCUUUUCAUCUUUCACCUCAUGAAGUAUUCUGUCCAUUGCACUCAUAAACAUUCAUUAUUUGUAUAUUACACUCUCAUUCAGUUUCAUUUGUUACUAAAUCUGUGAUCUUUCUAUAUUUAAAAGAAAUUUGCAAUCAAUGAAUGAUAACAUUAAACUGUCAGUUUGAAUCACUUUAAGACAGAAAUAGAACACGAAAACAGUAUACAUACUCAGUUUACUAUAAGCUAUAUUCAAAGUACAUAGAGCUGACUUGUCCAUUUUACCUACAUAAUAUAUCUUGUAUACAUAUGAUAAGCUUGCACAUAUACAUGUAGAUCCUAGAGUUCCAAUUCAGUCUUGUACAUUAUUGUGUGAAUCCAUCAGGAUUUAAUCAUACCCUUGGAUAUGCUGAAACAUCAAAUAAUUUAGUGGAAACAACAUGUUUUUAUUAAAGACCCAGACCGGAGCUAAAAGUGAAAUUGACAAAUGGAAAAUAUAUGUCACAUAGUACAACAAUGUAAGUUUUAUUUGUAUUCACGCUUGGCAGCUGAGUAUUUUGCUGGAGAAAAACUCAAACAGGUGUUUCGACAAUAGGCUUUCUUUUGCUUUUGAUUCGACUUAAGAUUGUGGCGUCAGGUCGUGACGUCAUGUGUUAAAAGCGUUGUGAUUUCAUAGGUUUUUACACAAAAAUACUGGGUGACUUUUAUGCUGUUUGGAUAAUGUAUCUGAUUCUUCAUUUCAGUUUGCAGAAGAAAAUGGCACAGAUGAUUAUUCUGUGAUCAAAUGGAUGGAAACCUACAUGUACAUUUACAACUUGUCACUAGAUUUUUUUGUGAUUAUUUCGUUUGGCUCUUAUUGGGCCUAAAUUGCUAUGUCAGGAAAAGUUAUUACACAUCAUGUGAAUGCAGAAAGAAAUGGAAAGCGGGAAAUGAAAUGUGGCAAAAACUAGUUCAAAGCUUUAGAUUUCAUCAAUUUAAGCUUGUAUGAAAAUAUAUUUAUGACAUGUCAUUGUGAUAGAAGUGAAGAAAAUAAAAUGUAUAAUCUGAAAAGCAGAAAACCACCCAGUUUUUCUGUGUUCAAACCUAUGGAAGUACAACGCAUCUAGCACAACAUGACAUCACGGUUUUGAGGUCAGUAAUAAGCACAAGAAAGCCAAUUUUCAAAAGCCCGAUAAUUGGAGAUAUUCAUAAGCACAAUACUCAGCUAGUAAGCAGUGAAAAUGCAUAAAACUUGCAUUAUUGUGUUUAGUAGUUCAUAAGCUUUUGGUUGGUAUAUGAUUUGUCGAUUUCAAUUUUGGGUCCAAUCCGGUCUGGUUCUUUAAGUGCUGUAAUUUGUUAAGACAGCAUGUUUUGCCUCAAUAAUAUUGGCAUAUAAUAACCAUUUCCCUGUUUGUGAUAUGAGUCUGACCUAUUUUAUAUUUGCUUGACAUUGUUAUUUUGUAAAACUCAAAAAUAAUUAUAUAGGAGAACAAAGUGUUACUUCAGUUGCCAAUUAUGUUUGAUUUACUGCUACUUAAAAAAAUAUCCUUAUUAUUUUUUAUCAUACCGGUAAUUAAGAAUUGAACACUCUUUGACCUGGAUAAUUUUUCUGCUUCAUUAAACAUAAUUCAUCCAACUUUUUUGUUGGGGUUGAUUUGGCCCUUGGUCAUUAAAUAUGGUGUAAGCAGUAUUGUGGCAAAGUUUGUGAUUUCCGAAUUGAAAGUAAAAUGUAAAUUUGAUAUGCUGUUUGAAAUCGGCUUCAUUAUGCAUACAGAAUGGUUUGAAAUGAAAUGUGGACAAAUAUUUUUUAAUAAAUAAAGUAUAUAUUCUUUAUAUCCGUUGAAAAAAA